AUGUCGGCACGACUCGACGCCAGCGACUCUGGCAACCAGGGAGGCUCUCCUGGUGGCAACUUCGGACAACAAGCUUCACCACAAGCAUCGAGUAUCGAAAGAGCAAUGCCAGCAGACGACCAAAUUGCAGUCCCAGAAGAUAUAGAAGCUGAAUUGAAACAUUACAACUUCCUUCUCGAGCAACUGCUAGGCUUGAUCUCGAGCGGCGGAGAGGAAUCUGUCUCGCGCGUGAUUUCUGUUAUCCGCUCGGGCGGCUCCCAUCGCCAAAUUCUCGACAUCAUCGAACAGCAAUCCGAAAGCAAGAGCCCAGCCGGGAAGAACGGGGUUAAAUAA